AUGGGUGAAAUCUCGCCAGUGGCUGUGGCGAAGUGCUGCAGCUACACCCUCUAUCUGGGGACGUUUAUCCAGCUCCCGCGCGAACCGACAACGCCUGCAACCCCCAAGUCAGCCCCGAUAUACAAACUGCUGGUCAAUGAUGGCGCUGUAUGGGUGGAUAACUCGGACGGGCGCAUCGCGGGCUCCAAGUGGGAUAUCAGGAGUCAGAGAGAGCUAGACGAACUGGCUGCGAGCAUGGGAUGGAAGCUGGUAUACGACGAUAAGGAGGCUAAAGACGAUGAAGGCACAGCUCCGCGUGUGAAGAUAAUACGGUCUAUGGGGGAGAAUAAUGGCUUCUUCUUUCCCGGAUUCAUCGAUACACAUAUACAUGCACCACAGUAUCCCAAUUCUGGAAUAUUCGGGUCAACUACCCUCCUGGAUUGGCUGAACAAGUAUACGUUCCCCAUGGAGGCGUCGUUCGGGGACAAGAGCGCUCCCGAUACGCCCUCCAGGAGAGCUCACACCGUCUACAGCGCCAUUGUGACCCGUACGUUGUCGCACGGCACGACCAGCGCCGCAUACUAUGCAACCAUCCACGUCCCUGCCACGAACCUCUUAGCCUCAGUCUGCCACACGAGGGGCCAGAGAGCGUUCAUUGGUCGAGUCUGCAUGGACAACCCCGAAACUUGCCCCGACUUCUAUCGAGAUGAAUCUACAGAGGCCAUGGUGGAGGCAACCCGGGCGUCGAUGGAAUACAUCUAUCGCCUGGACCCUUCAGGGACGCUUGUGAAGCCUAUCAUCACACCCCGGUUUGCCAUCUCCUGUACCAGUGACGGGCUCGCCCAGCUGGGGAAGCUCGCUGCCUCCACAAACCCGCCGACUUACAUCCAAACGCACAUCUCCGAAAACGGCGAUGAGAUCGAGACGGUUAAAGCGUUAUUCCCCGACUGUGUGACGUAUACUGAAGUAUAUGACAAGGCAAACCUCAUUACGCCCCGUACAAUUCUGGCGCAUGGCAUUCAUCUGCUUGAAUCCGAGCGGGCGCUGAUACGCGAGAGAUCUGCUGGAGUAGCGCACUGCCCGGCAUCAAAUACAUCCCUAAGCUCGGGAAUGUGCCCUGUCCGCACCCUGCUCGAUGACGGGAUCAAUGUCGGCCUCGGCACAGACGUCAGUGGAGGGUACAGUUCCAGCAUCCUUGAGACAGCCAGGCAGGCGUCUCUCGUGUCUCGACUGCUAUCUCACCAUAACGGCAAGGAAAACAUGGGGCGUGAUAAGCUCAGCGUCGAGGAGGCCCUGUAUCUCGCGACCAGAGGCGGAGCUAGGGUGUUGAACAUGCAGGACCAAAUCGGUGGGUUUGAAGAUGGAAUGUUCUGGGAUGCACAGAUGAUCGAGCUUGGAGGCUGCCUCGAAAGCGACGCCGACGCUACGGUUGAGCAGUCGGCUUUGCAACCGGGUGGAAACGUGUGCAUAUAUGGCUGGGAGACAUGGGAGGAGCGGGUUGCUAAAUGGAUGUGGACGGGAGAUGACAGAAAUGUGAAGGCCGUUUGGGUUGGCGGAAGGUUGGUGCAUGGAAUCGCAUAG